AUGCAGAUUUAUAUGGAACCCCCCACCACCGUCCCACUCUUCCCCACUCUCUUUGUUCUGAAUGUCUUCAUGAGUGUGCGUCAGGGCGCCCGGCUCCCUCACCUCAACCAACUGCCUGCUGUCACCACAGAGCUGCUGGAGCCGGCCUUGUCCACGGCCCGUUUCCACCUGGGCAUGUUCAUGUCUCAUGACUUGGGCAGAGGCCCCCGGUGGUCCUGCGUUUCAGUUUCCCAUCCAGGAAGGCCAGCGGCUUCCACUGAGACUCUCUGGAGAGCUGGCUCCCGUGUCCAUCCACCGAGCUCUCAGACGGAUGCUGAUCACCAGGGCCGAGGGGGAGCCCAGAAGGACCCCAGGCCCUGGUUUAUAUUAAUAAAAAGUUCUUCCUGGAAUUUUUCUUUCAAUUCUGGCAGAAUAAACAGGCAUUUUAAAGUUUUCCCACUGUCUGAGCCAAGCAGGACCCUGUCCCAGAGCAAGAGAUGUCACCUUCCAUCCCUGACCCCCUGCCUGGGACAAGCCUUGUUGGGGGGCCCCAGCUUCAGGGCUAUGGUGGGAACAGCACCCACAAAUGCCAGCCUCUCCUUUCUUCCCAUCCACCAGUUCACUGCGAGGCCAUUUCUGGUCUUUAUGCAACAGGAAGCCCAUUUCUGGUGGGAUAUACCUUCCAGUGCCACAGGGCCACUGACCCCACGCAUCUCUGCCCUGCCCGUCAGUGCUGGGAUGGACAGCAAGGGUGAGCCCAGUGUCUGGCAGAUAGGUGGGUGGGAACGGAGAGGGGAGAAUGCCAUCCUAAGCCUGUGUUUGGGGACCCCCCACACGGCCUGGGUACUGCCUGGGAAACCUGUCCUACGUAAAACCAUGGGCCUCGCCUCGCCCACCAGCCUGCGAAGCCAGCGUCUCCGUGAAGGUGGAUGGAAGCACCUUUGUCCUCAUUUUGAGCUGCAAGCUGGGUCAGCAGCUCUGAAGCCCUCAAGUGACUUUCUAACCCAAGACCCAGCCCCUAGCAGGAGGAGGGUGGGUGCAGGGCUGGUGGGACAAAAAGAGGCCUCAGCAGGCCUGGCAGACCCUUCCAGUGCGUCCCAAAGCAUGUCAAACAGCUAGGAGGACCUGUGUCAAGCUCAAGCCAUCGUAGGUCCCCAUGAGGUAUCUGAAGCCCGUUCUUGGUGGCGGGAGGCAGAGGCGCUGACGUUCUGGGGAAUGGACCUGAGUCCUCGGCUGGCUCCACGCAGGCCCCUGAAGGGGGAGGACUGUGGCGUGGCCUGGUCCCUCCCUCGAAUGGACCAACGGGAGGACUGUGGCGUGGCCCGGCCCCUCCCUGGAAUGGAGCUCAGCUCUUCGGAGGUGUCAGCACCUGUCACCUCCGUGGUCCCCCUGCCGAGGGAGUGUGGCCCCUGCGAGGUUCGGGGUGACUUUGUUUGCCGGAGUGGCCGGCCCUGCGGAUAUUUGUGA